UGGACGCUUCAUCAACCACGACAGCAACGGCAUCAUGUUUCCUACACGCGCCCUGCUUGGGCGUUCGGUCUGGAAAGGCCCGAACAUCGUCCCUCUACCACUGCCGCGAACUCUUCCUCCCCCUCCAGGCACGCCCCCCAUCAGAACGCAGAAACGCGGUGCGACCAUUCUCCCCAACUUUGUCGGGAUCCGCUUCGCCGUGCAUAAUGGCAAGACGUACCAUGAUGUGCUGAUCACGGAGGAGAUGGUCGGUCGGAAGCUGGGAGAAUUUGUGCCGACUCGGAAGCGGUUCACAUAUAAGCAGUCCAAGAACAAAUAGACUUCUUCUCAUUUGAAGUGGUAACGAGUGAUCUUUCAUUGCAUCAGUUCUGGCGUUACAAUUAUUCGAUGUGUACAAUAUGUUUUGCCUAGAAGAAACACAAAAGAUUGGAAAGUAAUAAUAAAAAAAAAGAUUACGAGAAUGGCUGGUACAGGGGUUCCCGUCCGAUCAAUCACUAAAACUAAGGUAUU